AUGGCACCAACACAGAAAACCGCAAGAACACCCAGAGUCAGCCGUAACCCUGAAUUGAUCAGGGGUAUCGGAAAAUACUCCAGGUCCACGAUGUACCACAAGAGGGGACUCUGGGCUAUUAAGGCCAAAAACGGUGGUGCUUUCCCCCGCCACGAUCCAGCUCCUAAGCCUGAAGCUCCCGUCGAGAAGGCUCCUAAAUUCUAUCCUGCUGAUGAUGUUAAGAAGCCACUACGCAACAAACACAAACCAAAGCCCACAAAGCUUAGGGCUAGCAUUACUCCAGGAACAGUUUUGAUUCUUCUUGCCGGACGAUUCAAGGGAAAGCGAGUAGUUUUUCUCAAGCAGCUUCCUUCUGGACUCCUCCUUGUUACUGGCCCUUUCAAGAUUAACGGAGUUCCAUUGAGGCGUGUCAACCAAUCAUAUGUUAUUGGCACAUCAACCAAAGUAGAUGUUUCUUCUGUUAACGUUGAAAAGUUUGAUGACAAGUACUUCUCAAAAGAAUCCCAAAAGAAAACAAAGAAGGGAGAGGGUGAAUUCUUUGAGGCAGAUAAGGAGGAUAAGAAAGUGCUCCCCCAGUCAAAGAAAGAUGAUCAAAAGACUCUUGAUGCAGGUGUGAAGCCUCAUGAGUUAGUGUUCUAG